AUGCCGGGCAUGGACAUUGAGACUUCGACGAAUGGACUGGAGGUCCGGCGACCUCCGCCCAUUGAAAUCAGUUCCCCCCGCAUCCCUGGACGUGAGUUACCACGGGAAGAACAGAUUCCCAUUCCGAAGCUCGACCACGAUGCGAUUCGAGAGAAGGCCAAGAAGCGUAAGAAGAACUGGAAGAAGGGUAUGCCUCCAGCUGCACCCGCUGUGAACGUGGUCAAGGGCUUCCACACUCCUGUGACCUCUGGUGGGGAGGAAUCCGAUGUUUCCAACAUGGGCACCCCGCGAAUGAGCGCUGCACGAAUGAAGGACUUUUCAAGUGUCGCUUCAAGCCCGGCCUUGCGACCAUGCCCCUCCAACACCGCCAUUAGCGCUUUAUCUGCUCGUUUGGAUGCACUUGCCAUGGAAGGCGAAAACGGGAGACCAAACCUCGCGCGCGUCAUGACCAACGACUCAGCUGCAGAAGGCACCGCAUCUCCACAUUCGCGCGGCAGUGAUAGCGACAGGACGGAAAUGGAGACCUACGAUGUCGCACUGGAGCAAGACUUCAUUAGUCCUGAUGCUGGAACGCGGACUCCAAUCUUCGCAUCCCACGCUGUCGAGGGAGGCUUGCGGUCGCAAUCCAUACAUCGCAAAAUGUGCGCCGAGGACUUUGAGCCGCUUCGAUGCCUUGGCAAAGGUGCCUUCGGUACAGUGCACCUCGUCAAGCAAGCCGCCACGGGCAAGCUCUUCGCCCAAAAGCAGUUCAAGAAAGCAAGCCUCACGGUCCACAAGCGUCUCAUUGAACAGACUCGCACCGAACGCAACAUUCUCGAGUCCGUGAACAGGCAUGCUUUUGUCGUGAAGCUAUACUACGCUUUCCAAGAUCACGAGAAGCUCUACCUCAUCCUGGAGUAUGCGCAGGGCGGCGAACUUUUCACUCAUUUGGCAAUGGAGCGCAUGUUCACGGAAGAAGUCGCGUCCUUCUAUAUGGCCGAGAUGGUGCUGGCUCUGGAACAUCUGCACCAGAAUGUCCGCGUGAUCUAUCGCGACCUGAAGCCCGAGAAUUGCCUACUGGAUUGCGAAGGCCACCUGCUCCUCACCGACUUUGGCCUUUCGAAGGUUGCUCUCCAUGAUGGGGAAGAUCGCGCCAACAGCAUCCUGGGCACUAUCGAGUACAUGGCACCCGAGGUCAUCGAAGGCAAAAAUUACGACUUUUCUGUGGACUGGUGGAGUCUAGGAGCUAUCGGCUUCGACUUGCUGACCGGCAGCCCACCGUUCGGGGGUAACAAUCAUACCAAGAUCCAGCAGAACAUUCUCAAACAGAAGCUGCAGCUCCCAUACUUCCUUGGCCCGGACGCAAAGGAUUUGCUUACUCGCCUCUUGCGUAAAGAGCCGAACAAGCGCCUUGGCGGCACGACGACGAAGGAAAUCAAAGCCCUUAAAUCCCAUCGCUUCUUCCGAAAGAUUGACUGGAAGCAACUCGAGAAGCGAGAGCUUGAGCCGGUAAGUACACAUUUUCACAUGUCUGCAAUGGAUUGAUCGUUGACAUCCGUUCCAGCCCAUCCAGCCAGUCAUUACCGACCCAGCGCUUGCCGAAAACUUCAGUGCCGACUUUACUGGACUGCCUUUAAGUCCUGUCGUUUCGCGCAACAGCAAGUCUUACUUCGGCGACACGGCUAUCGAUCCCUACAUUGACGCAGAGAGUGAUCCAUUUGGAGGCUUCAGCUACGUAGCUAGCAAGAGUCUACUUGACGAUGACACAUUCAUGCUGGACGCUUGA